AUGUCCGACGAUUUGGAGGAUGAAUAUUUCUUGCGUAAAAACCAAAACUGCAUCUUCCAACCAUACAUCGUUCGGAAUGCUUCUGCUCGUCUUGGAAUGUCUCAUCUGAAGACCGAAGGGAUUCUUAUGAAAUCCGUUCAUCUUCUCGGUACCCCAUCUCCAACUUCUGAUUCAAUUGACUCAUAUUCCGGAGAUCUAACUCCAUUGGUCACUUAUUCCUUGAACAAGCGUAAAAGAUGGGUUGUCCUGGAAAACGUGGGAGAUCAAAUGUUAGAAGACGUUCAAGUUUUUCAUGAAAACUCAGCCGAUGAAAUAUUGUUUCUGGAGAGGGUCAAUUUGAAGACUUUUGAUUGGAAAUAUCUACCAUAUGUAACAUGUCCUCAAGAUUUUCAUAUUCAAACACUUCACAGCUGUAAGAAAUCUGGUGACACAGGAGAAGUGACUUACUCCAAAUCAACACUGAAUUCAAUAUUUGGUCAAACAUAUUCUCAUUUCUUGGACAAAAAUAGAAAAUCGGAUAAGAAAGUUAUUCCGGAAAACGAAAAAGAUGAGAAAUCUACUAUAGUGGUGUACAAUUUCAUCAGAGCCCCAAAGAAUUAUAUGAGACUUGGCGAGCAACAUUUCGUGGCCAGCAAUUUUGGUGGGAGAUAUCCCUACUACGCUUACAUGAAAAGAAAAGCUAACUGGAACGAGUUUAAAUUUGAAAUUAAAGAAGAGACUCGGAAGCACUAUGCAAACAAAGAAACAACGGGAAAUGAUAACGAUCUCGAUACAUGCACAGAGGAAAGAAAUGGGUGCGACAAAAAUCAGAAAACAAAAUUCUACGAUCUCUACACACAUCUCAAGGAAGACUUCGUUUUUGUAAAGCGAGGAAAACACAAACACUAA